UAGAAACAUGGCUAUUGUCUCGGAAGCUGGGAAAGAACGGGAUAAAAGCAAGAGAAGUUUUCCGAGCCACAAGAGAAGCGAGAAAGAUAGAGGUCAAAUCCAUGGCUCCGAAAGUUGUAUGAAUCGGGCCUUAGCCGAAAACUGGCCAAAUGACUCUAGUUGGGCAAAUUCUACUGAUGAAGAUUAUAUCGUCUUCCGCAUUAGAGAGGACGGAGUGCUCGAUGUGGUUGAGGACCGUAAGCAAGAAGCAGCGAGCCCAAACCCUCUUCAUAAAGUUGGAGAAAAUUCAAGGUCUGUCAAUCCGAAGGUUAGGAUAAACUGUCUUGAUAAUGAAUCAAGUGCGGAGCCAGUCCAGCGGUGCAAUUAUGGUCAAAUUUCAAACAGGGAUCGAGAAAGAACAGCAGACAGCAACUUGAUGAUUUCUGAGAAUCAGAAUGAUGAGAUGGGAGAAGAAAGCACGAGAAUGAGAUACGACCAAAUUGAGUUAGAUGAAGAAAACGAAGGGGCACAAGGAAGACAAUCAGCCGGUAGUGAUGGCUCAUUUAGCUUUCCCGGAUUAGGAUGGGAUUGGAUUGGCAGCCCAGUUGAAAUGCCACAACCAGUUGAAAGAAGGCGUCGGACCCUUCGUAUUCUUUUUCAUUGCUUUAAAUUCUGAACAUGAAAGGAAUGAGCUACCACUUGCUUUUGCUCUCUGUGAUGUCUGUUUUGUGGUAAAAUAGCAGAUACUGAACUAUACCAUGCAGGAUUCGACUUGCGAAAUGAAAUGAAACCUGCUUAAAAUA